CCUGAUACCUUAUCUUGCACUCCUCAUUCCGCACAAUGUCUGCCCAACCUACAAUUCGUCUCGCGACGCCCGAGGACGUCCCCAUCAUCCUUCAAUUCAUCCGCGAGCUUGCCGACUACGAGAAGGCUCUUCACGAAGUCGAGGCCACCGAGGAGUCUCUCCUAGCGACUCUGUCUUUUCCCGACUCGACUCCGAAGCGAGGCUCUGUCUACACUGCGCUCGUCAUCCCUCCUGCAACCGCGGAGCAGCCCAACCCCCUGCCAGUGGGCAUGGCCCUUUUCUUCUACAACUACUCCACCUGGCGCUCCGCUCCGGGCAUUUACCUCGAGGACCUCUACGUACAGCCCAGCGCGCGCGGCAACGGAUACGGCUUCAAGCUCCUCAAGUACCUGGCGGCCAAGGUCCUGGAGGUCAACGGCAGACGGCUCGAAUGGAGCGUCCUCAAGUGGAACGAGCCCAGCAUCAAGUUCUACGAGCAGGUAGGCGCCAAUGCGAUGGAUGAGUGGACGAAGAUGAUGAUGGAGGGACCCGCUUUGAACAAGCUUGCGGAAGGAAUCUGAUCGCGCGAGUUUUGACUCUGGUUUGUGAAUCAUCUGGCCUUGGGAGGACACACGCCAAUGCCCUUCUGACACGUUAUGUCACCAAGUGUUUGCUGCUCGUGUCGGGGUUUGCGCUGGUCGACUUUUCCGAAGAGUUGCUUUUCCAGGGCUAUCAGCAGGAAGGACUGGAACUCGACUCCUCGGUUAUAUUUUUUUUUCAAUCGCUGGACAUGUACAUACAUUAAAAUACCCC